UAUUAUUUUCCAGCAUUUGGUGCACCGUCUUAUAAUGCUUUAUCUAUUAACGUUUCAAAUCCCAGUUUGGGGCCGGCCGCAGUGGCCGUGCGGAAGCGCAUGAGAGCAGCAUCACAAGAUUCAAAGGUUGGAUACAUUGUAUUUGGAGCUGUCAUAUUAUAUUUUGGCUCUGUUCUGUUGUGGCGAGUAAUGGGAACCCUUCUGUCAGAGAACAGCUAUAUGGAUGUGGCCUGUGGCAUGUCCUCAGCACUUGGAUUAGUGAAAGCUGGAAAACGUCAAAUUGAUUUCUUCGACUCACAGGUGAAGAACUUAUUUUCUCAUGUGAAAAUAAGUUAUGAAUUUUCAGGGUAUAAUUAG